AUGAGUUCGUCACUGGUCGCUUAUGAUGAUUCAGGCUCUGAGACAGAAGCUGAAGAGAUUGAAGUCCCCAGUGCUUCUGGCAGACAAACAAGCCAUCCAAGUUCUUCUGUGAGUAGUGUUCAGCACUUUGCACCUGGUAUUUCGGGUACAAAAUCUCCAUAUGAAACGCACCCAGCUGAGAACAUUGGCAGUUCUGUUUGUGAAGAUCCCCCUGAGCAUUAUGCACAGAAUAACAACACUGACUUGACAUCUCCUUAUUGUAGGAGGACAUACCCUGGCCAUGCUGCAUUAUGUAUGGCUUAUAAAAACUAUCAACAGACUUCAAGCUCUUCAACAUACUCUGGAAAUGGCAUUUCCCAGAAGAGAAUACAUCAAGACACUACUCCUGCCAUAAAAGGAAUUAGACCAUAUAUCCCUAAACGACUGCGUCAAGAAAAUUCCAGUGUGCCUGAAAAGAAAGACUCUGCUCAGAGAGGUAGCUCAGAUGGUGAUGUUGAACUGGGUGUAUCAGGAGAGCAGACUUGGGGAAAGAUCUCUGAAUUAAUUAAGCCAUAUUUGGGAUCCAAAUAUAAAGUAACUGAAGUCCCCAAAAGCUUAAUAUUUUCCAUGUCUAAACACAGUGGUCCUGUUAAUGAGAUCCAGUGGUGUCCUGUAUGGGAACAGAGUCACAUGCUUCUCUCAGCUUCCAUGGACAAAACAGUCAAGGUGUGGGAUGCUGUGGAUAGAGGCUGCUGCUUAAAAACAUACUCCUGUCACUCCUGUGCUGUUCGAGCUGCCCAGUGGUCUUCAUGUGGAAGAAGGAUCCUCAGUGGGGGCUUCGAUUCCACACUGCACUUGACAGAUAUAGAAACAGGGAAGCAGAUAUUUAGCAGCAAAACGGAAUUUAGGAUCAGUGCGCUGAAGUUCCACCCUACAGAGUCGAAUAUUUUCCUUUGUGGAGGGUUCAGCCCAGAAGUUAAAGCUUGGGAUAUAAGGACUUCUAAG